AGUUUUGGUCACACUGGGAAUAAAAAGUGACUAGGCAUCAUUUUGGCAACAAAAAAUCGAACAGCAAUAAAAACAUUGUUUAACGCCAUUUAAAUAGUAAACCCACAUAAUGUCUGCGCCGGAUAAGGAAAAGGAGAAAGAGAAGGAGGAGACCAACAACAAGAGCGAGGAUUUGGGCCUGCUGGAGGAGGACGAUGAGUUUGAAGAAUUUCCCGCCGAAGAUUUCCGCGUUGGCGACGACGAGGAGGAACUGAAUGUUUGGGAGGACAACUGGGACGACGACAAUGUGGAGGACGACUUCAGCCAGCAGUUAAAGGCUCAUCUGGAGAGCAAGAAAAUGGAGACGUAAACCGGCGGCCCCUUGAUUUGUUCAAUCCUAACCAUAAAAAACGAGCUGAGCUGUUUUGCAGUUUAUAGAAUAAAAUCAGUAUAUUAAGUGGAAA